CGCGUCACGCGACGGUCGGCGGUCGACGAGCGAAGAGCACGCACGCACACAGCCGCGAGUGUGCGUGUGCGCGCCGAGAGGGACGGACGACGCGAGAGAGGGACGGCACGCCGGUGCCAAUUACUAUCACCUGGCGGCUAGCUACCGCAUUACCCAUCGCCACCGCGCGCGCGAACACGCGGUAAUUUUGCUCCGGGCCACCGGCGUCUUCGCGAUCGAUCGCGACUGCACCCUACUUAUCAAAUAUCACCUACUAUGACUCGGACCCUAGUGACUAUCGAAACUGUGAAGUGACAUCGAGUGCAGACUGUGAAACGGACAUUGCGUGUUAAGUUUACGGACCGAAGUUUGUGAAAAUGACCUCCCAGUUUGCUUUUCGUGGAUCUCCGCCAAAUCAGAGCACCAUAUCGACAGCCUCCAACAGUCCGCCGCCGGCGCAGGCGGGAAUGAGUGCAGGGGGAGGGAGCGGAAGUGGCGCGAGGCCGACCUCCCCAGCCGCGGCGACGACUCGUUGCUGCGACACCGGCCGCCCGAUAUUCCAGGACCCCAUCACAGGGCAGACGGUGUGCUCAUGCCAGUACGAGUUCUUCAACUACCAGCGGCUGGCGUCUGGCGUGCCACUCUCCAUGUACAGCUCACCGUACCCGGAGGCCGCGGCCGCCGCAGGCAUGGCAGCCUACUUCCCAGCGCUCGCAGCUGACCAACCACCUUUCUAUGCCAACACUGCAGCAGGCAUAGAACUGAAGGAGAACUUGGCAGCCAGUGCAGCAAGCUGGCCGUACCCGACAGUCUACCAUCCUUAUGAUGCUGCUUUUGCCGGAUAUCCUUUUAAUGGAUACGGUAUGGAUCUCAAUGGAGCAAGGCGGAAAAACGCAACCCGGGAAACUACGAGUACAUUGAAGGCGUGGCUCAACGAACACAAGAAGAACCCUUAUCCAACAAAAGGAGAGAAGAUUAUGCUAGCAAUUAUUACAAAAAUGACCCUAACACAAGUAUCGACAUGGUUUGCAAAUGCACGUAGACGUCUUAAGAAGGAGAACAAAAUGACUUGGGAGCCAAGAAACCGGGUCGAUGAUGACGAUAAUAAUAAUGAUGAUGACGAUCACAAGAGCAAUGAUGGCAAAGAUGUAUUAGAUGGAAAGGAUUCCGGGACUGGUUCUAGUGAAGAUGGGGAGAGGCCCCAGCAAAGGUUAGACCUUCUGGGUCAGAGAGCUGAAUCGGAAUGGUCGGAAUCACGAGCUGACAGUGGUCCCGAAUCACCUGAGCCUUAUGAGAGGCCUAUUCAUCCCGCUUUUCAACAUCUACCUUCAAGAGCACCACCUGGAAGCACACCAGCUUCUGCGAAGCCAAGAAUAUGGUCUCUCGCUGAUAUGGCCAGCAAAGAAGGAGAGGCUCCAGCGCCACCAGCCUCGGCAUCUGCCUUUUACCAGUCCGCGGCUGCCGCUGCGGCCGCUCGCUUGGCGCAUCCAUACCGGCCUGAGUUGUACAGAGGAUUGUAUCCACCUACACAUCCAGCAGAUAUGGCACUUCUAGAAUAUUCCCGAUCUCUGGCUCUGGCAGCUCCAGCCCCCGCGCCCCCUGCGCCCUCACCGUCCUCCUCGUCGACAUCAUCGCUUGCCGAGCCCCCGCCGCCCCCCCGCGCUUGACCGCUCGCCACCCGUCCGCAUCUCGUGCACCGACAAUAAACCGCGAUCUCGGCAGAAUAAAUAAGUGAUGCGAUCCAUCUGUAAAUACCAUUUAUAUAAAUUUGUAUACAUACGUAUAUAAUAUUCGUGAUAAUAAUUAUUAAUAAGGCACCAGUAGUGAAGUUUAGAAUUGUGAUAGUGGACAGAGACACAACAUGUGAGCCGUUUGGCGUGCGCUCGCAACUGACGUCGUGCCGCUUCCGUGUCGGAUGCGUCCCGUGUCCGACUGGCCGCCGCCGACCGACCGACAAUACUAGGUGCUAAUUCAAAUUGGACCUUGCGUGAAGUUUCCGGACAUACUAUCACAGUUUGAUGAAACGAAGUGAUUUAAUAGUAUAGGUAUUAAUGCGUGUUACGUUUCGUCUACUAUAAACGACACUGUUUUAGAUUAUUAUUUAAUGUGUAUAUUGUAAAUUAUUAUUUUAAAACGUUCUCUUUAUAUUUAGUGCCUAAUUACGUCCAAUAUCCUAUAUUGUGUAAAAGUUUGUGAACGUUUUAUCAUACGAAUUAUAAUAUUUAUUGAUGCGAGGUCAGUAGUAAUAGCAGUGCGUUGAUAUUUAGCUCCGAACAUCAUCUUUAAGUUAUCUGAUUUAUUAAUAUCUAGUCAGGGGACUAUAGUUGUCUACAUAAUACAUUAUUUUAAAUGAAAUGGUGACUACUAUAGCAAUUAACUCUUGAAAAAUCAUUAUGUACAAUACCAUGUAAAUUUACCCAGACUAAGUAAUCUACAGAUCGAGUCUAUACUUAAAAAUCAUAAUUUUCAAAGGCUUUCAAAAUGGAACGGAUAAAAUAUAUAAAACGCAAUUCAUUUGAUAUAUUUCAACCGAAUUCCUUCAAAUGAAAAACAAAAUGUUUAAAUUUGACGGUAUUAUCAAAAUUAUGAUCUAUAUUAUAAUAUAAUUACGUACGAUAUUGGCUUGUUAACUGUUUCUGUUAGUAUUUUAUUCAGAAUAGUUAUAAGUCCAUGGCCUUGUAUAUUUGUAAAAUUGUCACCGUUAAUUUGGUUCUAUAUAAUAUUGUAAAAAUAUUUUCUCCAAUAUAGAGACUGAAAGUCAAAAUUGAGUCUUUAGUUUUGUAAAUACUUACAUCUCUGUUAUUAGCAUACAUAUUAUAUUGUAAUCAUAUUAAGAAUAAUAAAUAAUAGUUAACACAAACAAUAUGUUCUCAAAUUGCAAAGAAAUUGUAUAUAGUUUAAGAACAAUCUUUAUGUGUGCAACGAAAGAGUUCUUACGAUUCGGAGUAUUCAAAUACAUAUAUUAAAUUCCAGUAAAUAUUCAUAUGUGUUAGUACUGUUAGUGGUAAUGUUUAAAUUUAGACAGAUUUACUUUUUUGAUGUUAAUUGUCUAAUUUCACGACCACACUUUUCACGAGUAAAGUUAAGCAAUAUUAUUGUUUAUAUAUAUAUAAAUAUAUUGUGAGCUUCAACGUCUUAACCGACUUACAGGAAAGUGUAUGAAUAGAUGCAAUAAAAUUUAAUACCCAAAAUAAAUAA